AUGACGAAAGUGUCUUCGGGCCUGAGCGAUCGGGUGGUGUUCGUCAAGAUAGACACCGACAAGUACCCUGCCCUGGCAUCCCAGUACCGCAUCGAGGCCCUACCGACGCUGGUCCUCUUCAAGGACGGCAGGCCCAUCGACAGGAUAGAGGGCGUGAUCAAUGUGGGCCAGCUGCAGGCCCGCCUGCAGCUGGCCCUCGGACCCACAAAGUGA